AAUUAUAUUUCAGAUAAAAUGGCGGAUCUAAAGACUGUUGUUUCCCAGUACCAAGAGUUAUCUAAGGAAUGGUCCAAGGCCCAGAAUAAAGAUUUGACCAAGAUUGGAAAACUGCUUGAACAGUUGAAGCUUAGUCUGACACAGCUCUCCUUCCUUCCAACCAAAGGAGAGGAGGCGUCAGUACAGGAGUUGACCGUCUCUAGGGAUACCCUGGAGAUAGGAGCACAAUAUUGUGUUUCUAAACAGGAUACGCAGGGCUUUGAGAGAUAUAUGGCACAACUUCAAACAUACUACUAUGAUUUUGCAGAGAAGUUACCUGAGUCCGCGUUUAAAUAUCAGCUGCUUGGAUUGAACCUGCUCUGCUUGUUGGCACAGAACCGUGUAGCGGAGUUCCAUACUGAGCUAGAGAGACUUCCUCACUCCGAGACCAAACAGAAUAUUUACAUCAGGCACCCAGUGAGCCUGGAGCAGUAUAUAAUGGAGGGAAGUUAUAACAAGGUUUUGUUAGCUAAAGGGAAUGUUCCCGCUGAAUCCUUUAAUUACUUCAUUGACAUUCUUCUCAACACUGUCAGGAAUGAGAUAGCCAGUUGUAUGGAGAAAGCCUAUAACGACAUGAGCUGUUCAGACGCUGCCCGUAUGCUCAGUAUUGAACAAGGUGAACUUGAAAGUUAUGGAGCUGAGCGUGGUUGGAUUGUAUCCAAGGGUAGACUAGCCUGGAAGAAGGAGGGAGGAGGAGAGGAGGGUGGAGUACCUAGUCUAGAGCUAGCUAACAUGGCAAUAUCCUACGCCAGGGAGAUGGAACAGAUUGUCUAGUAUUUUAUUUAUAUUCUUGGAAAUUAACGUAUUGAAAAAUAAACAAAUAUGUGAGUGGAAUCGUAA